AUUUUGAUACGAUUCGGUGCGCUUCAGACAUACAACCCGAGACAUAUACGACAAAUUUAUAUUGUAUAAAAUAUUUUUGUACGAGUAUAUUGUCAGUGUACAGUGUCUCUCAGCAUAGCGACUAAUUUCGGCAAACAAAAUUCUCUGAAACGUUAAUUAAAUACCAAUUAUCGCCGCAAGCAUGCCGGAAACCAAAACCAAGACGAUCCCCAGUCCCAGCGAUGGACGCGACAACGCCGACAACGAUGUGACAAUGGCAGCCACCAAUCGGCUGGUUGAACGCCCCCAGGCGGCGGCACCAACCAACAGUCGCCGCCAGCCACGCAGCCGCCUGACGCAGGGACGACGAGAUGCCACCGACUUCACGGCCUCCCAGGAGGUGAAGCUAAAAGCCGGGGACAUGCGCAUGGCCAAGAUCCAGAUCAGUCUCUCCAAUCUGCGGACCGAAAUGGAGGAGACAAACAAGCAGCUGCAGAACCUCUGCAAAACCAUCAAGGUUGACGUGGAUGCCGAGUAGAAAAACGAUUUUGGAGGGUUCCCGGAUGUGUAGGAUUUAGGAUUGUUGCUGAGAUGAUAUCUAAAUUUAUGUGAAAUUCAUUAAAUAAUUAUGUAACAUGCUUAAGAAGAAUAUAAAA